AUGGCACCUAAACAAGCAUCCGAAUGGCAAAAACGUCAAAAGAGGAAACGACUAGAUGAAUUGGUGAAGUCACAAAAGGGUGCUAUGCAAAAAUUUUUGACACCUAAUCCGCCUAUUGUUGAUGUGGAAAAGGAGCAAAACGUUGAUGUUGAAGUAGAACGGGAACACGAGGAAGUAGAACAAGAGCAAGAACGUGUGGAAGUAGAAGACGAGCAAGACGAAGAACAUGUUGAAAAACGAUUUUCAGCAACUAUUUAUACAAGAACAUUAUCAAACUUGAAGAAGUGUGAUAGAGAAUGGCUAGUAUAUUCGAAAGAGCUAGAUAAGAUGUUUUGUUUUUGUUGCAAAGUGUUGAGAAAUGGGGCGCCAAAAGGUAGAUUGGGAGGUGUAGGUUUUGAUUAUUGGCACCAUGCUACCGGUAGAGUGAGAGAACAUGAAGUUUCUUUAGAUCAUCUCAUAAAUACGAAAAAGUGGUUUGAUUUGCGCAAAAGAUUGAAAUCGGACGACACAAUUGAUAAAUUUCAAUAUGAGCAAUUCAAGAAGGAAGCGGAAUAUUGGAAACAAGUCCUUUUUAGAAUCAUUGCGCUAAUCAAGUUUCUUGCUAAGCAUAAUUUAGCAUUUCGUGGAAAUAAGGAAAAGUUAUACGAAAAAGGUAAUGGAAAUUUCUUGGGUCUAGUUGAGAUGUUGGAAGAGUUUGAUCCGGUUAUCAAAGAGCAUGUUCGGCGGAUCACUAGUGACAAUAUUCAUGUGCAUUAUCUUGGACACAAGAUCCAAAAUGAGAUAAUAGUUAUGCUUGCUGAUGAAAUUAAAAAAGAACUCAUUAAGAACAUAAAAGAAGCAAAGUACUACUCAAUCAUACUGGAUUGUACCCCCGAUUCUAGUCACAAAGAACAGAUGACUAUAAUAGCGAGGUAUGUAAAGUUCUCAUCUAAUUCUAUUAUUGUUAAGGAGUCAUUUUUGGGGUUUUUGAAUGCUAAUGAUACCACUGGGAAGGGACUAUUUGAUGUAACUUAUGCAGAGUUACAAAAUCUUGGUCUUGAAAUUGAUAAUAUGCGUGGCCAAGGAUAUGACAACGGGGCAAAUAUGAAAGGGUCACAUCAAGGAGUCCAAAAGAGAUUUUUAAAAGAAAAUCCAAGAGCAUUUUACACUCCUUGUGGUAGCCAUUCACUUAACCUUACAUUAUGUGAUAUGGCUUAUAGUUGUGUUAAAGGAAAGAGUUUUUUUGGACACGUCCAACGGAUUUAUACUAUUUUUGCAAAUUCUAUCAAUCGUUGGCAAAUUUUGAAAGAUAAUGUGAAAAAUUGGAGUCUAAAGUCAUUAUCUCAAACUCGUUGGGAAAGUCGUUUUGAGAGUGUUAAGGCAAUCAAAUUGCAACUUGAUGAUGUGCGGGAAACUUUGCUUGAAGUUGGAGAGACAGAUAGUGAUGCUGCAAUUGCAGAGGAAGCAUUAGCUUUAGCAUAA